AUGCAGCCCAGCUUUGUCAAGAACGUCCAGACGGUGAAGGCCAGCGCCGGCGGUGACGGCCUCAUUGGUGGCGGUUACUGCGUCGUCAUAACGCAGCUUUCAUACUCAGACACCACCACUACGAUGGGACGAAGCGCAUUGAGAGCGGCAUUGGCGGCCGAGAAGGGUGUGGAUUUCAAGAAGUUGAGGGAAAAGAAGAGAUACAAGCAGGGUGUGAAGGAGAAGACAAAGAAGGGAGGAGCUGGCAGCGUGUCGAAGAAGGAUGCGACAGACGAAUGGGAGGACGAGGAGGAGGAGGCGGAGGAGAGCGAUGCCGGGGAUGAGGACGAGGACCGGCUAGGAGCCGACUUUAUUGCUGCCGUGGACGAUUCGGACGAGUCAGACUCGGAUGUCGAGAUGGAGGCAAAGAUUGUGCGGGUCAAGGCAGCCGCAUCACCGACACCAGCAGCGACCCGGAAAGAGAAGGCUGCCAAGGUGACUAAGGUGGCCAAGGCGACCAAGAAGGUUUCCAAAAAGGCCGAGGAUGAGGAUGAAGAGGAAGAGGAGGAAGAGGAUGGCGAAGAAGACGAAGAAGAGGACGACGAUGCGGGCGAGGACGAGGAGGUCUCGUGGUCGGACCUGGACGAGGAGGAGCGCGCGGGGCUGGCGGUCCAACGGCGACAGACGAUCAACAACGCGGCAGCGCUGACGGCGGCGCUGGUGCGGAUCCGCGUGCCGACCGACAAGAGCGUGCCCUUUAGCACGCACCAGUCGGUGGUGCCGUUGUCGGAGCCGACGGCGGCCUCGAUAGCCGACAUCCAGGACGACGUCGCGCGCGAGCUGCAGCUGUACCGGCAGAGCCGCGAUGCGGCCGUGGCGGCACGCCGGCUGCUCCGUGUCGAGGGCGUGCCCUUUUCGCGGCCGGCCGACUACUUUGCCGAGAUGGUCAAGGACGACGAGCACAUGCAGCAGGUGCGGGCGCGUCUGGUCGAGGCUGCGUCCGCCCAGAAGGCCUCGGCCGAGGCCCGGCGCCAGCGCGACCUCAAAAAGUUUGGCAAGCAGGUCCAGGUGGCCAAGAUGCAGGAGCGCGCCAAGGCGAAGAAGGACACGCUCGAGAAGAUCAAGACGCUGAAGCGGAAACGGUCCGAGAAUGGCGCGACCAACACCCACGAGGCCGACCUGUUUGACGUCGCCGUCGACACCGAGAUCGGCGCCAAGCGCGGCGCCUCGUCGGCCCCCGGCAGCCUCAAGCGUGGUCGCGACGGCGGCCGCAGCGGCGGCCCGCCACAGCCCAACGCCAAACGCCAGAAGAAGAACGAAAAGUACGGCUUCGGCGGCAAGAAACGGCACGGCAAGUCCGGCGACGCCCAGUCGUCCGGCGACCUCAGCGGCUUCAACGCUCGGCGCAUGAAGAGCGGCGGCAGCGCCUUCAAGGCUCAGCGGCCGGGCAAGGCGCGGCGACAGGCAGCAGGCGGACGGCGGUAG